CCUUUGGCAAUACCUGCUGAUUGGGUCCUAAAAGCAAGCUGCUUUUAACUUUUAAUAUUUGGCUCCUGAGUUCUGCCACGAGAAGUCGCGAAAGAAAGAGAUUCCCUCUGAUUGUUGGAGGAUAGAAAUUAAAAAAGAAAGGGAAAGAAAUUCAUCAUUGUAAGCAUAUAUUGUUUUUCUUUACUCUUCAGCUGAGAUCUCUGUGCGCGGAUGAGCGCACAUGUUGGCAUUCUGCUGGAGAGUUUUUGCGAAGUUUUAAGGAUGAUAUACCUUGGAUGUUUCCUGCUGCUCUGUGGGCUUAUGCAUGUCAUGGCCAGCUAUCCCAUUUGGUGGUCACUUGCAGUGGGCCACCAGUACUCAUCAAUGGGUACUCAACCUAUCCUUUGCGGCAGCAUACCCGGUCUAGUGCCCAAGCAGCUGCGUUUCUGCCGGAACUACGUGGAGAUCAUGCCCAGUGUGGCCGAAGGAGUCAAGAUUGGCAUACAGGAGUGUCAGCACCAGUUCAGAGGCCGACGCUGGAAUUGUACGACAGUAAACGACAAUCUGGCCAUCUUUGGGCCGGUGUUAGAUAAAGCCACUCGAGAGUCGGCUUUUGUUCACGCCAUUGCAUCGGCGGGAGUGGCCUUUGCAGUGACACGUGCCUGCGCUGAGGGUUCGGCCACCAUAUGUGGAUGUGACACGCGACACAAGGGGCCUCCAGGUGAGGGUUGGAAGUGGGGUGGCUGCAGCGAGGAUGUGGAAUUUGGAAGCAUGGUGUCCCGCGAGUUCGCCGACGCGAGAGAGAAUCGCCCCGACGCACGUUCUGCAAUGAACCGCCAUAACAACGAGGCAGGAAGAAUGUCGCUCAAUGACAACAUGUUCCUGAAGUGUAAGUGCCACGGCCUCUCGGGCAGCUGCGAGGUCAAGACCUGCUGGUGGUCUCAGCCUGACUUCAGAGUGAUCGGUGACUACAUGAAGGACAAGUAUGACAGCGCGUCUGAGAUGGUGGUGGAGAAACACAAGGAGUCGCGUGGUUGGGUGGAGACGCUGAGGCCCAAGUAUAACUACUUCAAACCUCCCACAGAGCGCGACCUGGUAUAUUACGAAAGCUCGCCCAAUUUCUGCGACCCCAAUCCUGAGACCGGUUCUUUCGGCACCCGGGAUCGCAUCUGCAACCUGACGUCCCACGGCAUUGAUGGGUGUGACCUGCUGUGCUGCGGCAGAGGCCACAACACCCGGACUGAGAAGAGAAAAGAGAAGUGUCACUGUAUUUUCCACUGGUGCUGCUACGUCAGCUGUCAGGAGUGUGUGAGAGUCUACAACGUGCACACCUGCAAAUAGACUUGUGGAGGUUUUCCUCCUUUCUCACCAAAAAACUUGAGUGGGCAGAAGAACAAAUAUAAGGUUUUUUUUACCUAAAAGAACUGCUUAAAGCUGUCUAAACUGUCAGUGAACACACACAACAGCCUUGUGUUUUGUGCCGCGAUGCUACAAAGAGCCAGUCUUGCCGAAAUCAGCAGCUGAGCAGAUAUCUGAGAGAGCCGUUCAUAAACUCUGAUGGAGGUGAUGACGGCAGUAAUGCUGAUAUCUCUAGCAAUGACUAAAAAGCUUUCUGAUGUGCUGAUGUACAAAAGGAGAACUGCUGGCAAAUUGACAAACACCAUAUUGGUGAUUUUCUUUUCUCUCUCUAUUCUUAGUAGUUGCUCUUGUUCAGAUUAGUACAGCACUGCUGAUGCUUUCAAGUCUGUGGAGUAAACAAGCGAAGUGACAUUUGAUCGAAAAUGAACAUUCUUUAAUGUUUUAUCAUCACUUGUUUUUGCCACAAAUGGAUUUCUAAGCAGAUUACAUGAUCAGAUGCUCAACAGCAUGCAUUUGCCUCCAGCACACUACUAGCGUGUUACUGCAUAUCUGAGAACUAACGCGAUCAGUUGAGUGAGUGAGUUUGUGUUUCAUAGUGUUACUGACGUUUGGGUAAGAAUGCACUUGUACCUGAGUGAAUGUAGUUAUUUCUUGUAAUGUGUUUACAUAUCCUCACGUUCUUAAGCUAACGAUUUAAU